AUGAUUCAGCCCCAUCCACGCAAGCUGGAUGACGUUUCUCAUGAACCAUGGUCGCCCUGCAUCAGUCGCGUCGCAAUCAAUGCGAAAGCUUACAUUCUCGAUCCUUUGACUGCUCCUGAACCAAACCAAGAAACUGGAAUUGGAGCUUCUCACAACCUUUCAGCGCAAUUACGCAAUAUCUCUCUCGAGAACUCAAGCCCAAGCCCAAGCCCGAGCCAAGACCGCAGCCAAGAUCGCAAGCACAAGCAUAGAUCAUCAUCUCAUAGCCAUCGACAUCGCAGCUAUCCUACUCCUCCUACUUCAGCCAGCCCAACUCGUUCUGACUUUCAUCCCUCGAACCCUUUCUCGGACUCUGCGGCUACACGACGAGCUCCCUCUUCCAAGUCGCUGUCUCCUCCAAAUUCACCCCCAGCCGACUCUCGCCGUUAUCCACCCAAUUCUGCAGUCACCCGUUCAUCCAGCGCCCGGGUUCCCCAGCAAUCAAGCCUUCGACCUCCGCCUGUUCACCACCGUAGCUUCAGCACCGGCAAUUGUGACAUUUCACGCAAGCCCUCGCUUAACCAGCGAUUCCCAGGCGACAUGUCUCACAGACCACUCGAAAUCCUCAGAAAAGAGGCCCGCGCAGCUGAUCGCGCACCUCAUUUGCGACGAAAGCAAUUACCUGUGACCGACACCAUUGAUGCGCUCGACACCAUCGGCGGGACAUACCAUCACGGUGGUCCUUAUGACGCCACUCUUGCCAGCCGCAACCGAAACAAGAUGUACUCGCCCGUUGCCGCCGUUCAGGAUUCCAACAACGAGGCUAUCCGUGCCACCCCCAGAGAGUAUAUUGAGGACUCUCUUAGACGGCAUAUUCCACUUCAAGGAACUGCUACAAUUCCCAGUGGCGAGCAGGAUUUCCGUGGUGACAGAAUUGAAUAUGAGGAAGGUGCCGAUCUCAUGAGAGAACCUGAUGCGGUCGGCGGCGCAUACAAGCGUUGGGAUGGUAUUAAAUACCAUCCUAAUGACCUCAAGGGAAAGGGUGAACCUUCCUAUACCUACGAGAAGGACCUAAAGGAAAAGAAGCGCCUACGCCGUGGGGAACCCGUCGAGUACGAAUUGUCAUCAGGUAUGAAGAGUAGCAGACGCCCUCCCUUCAGCCACCACCGAAGCUUCAGCGAGAACCCACGAUCAGCACUUUCUCAAGACGGCGCUUCAGAUGGAACCGGUCUUCGCCGCAACAACUCUACAGGCCGACAUCGCCUGAGCGAUGGUCUUCGAAGACGCUUUGGUAGUAUGAGGCGCAAGAAGGUCGAUGAGGUCCGAUAAGUUUCCUAGACGCUGUGUGUUUCUUUAUCUCUUUUCUUUGUGGAUUUUGGCGUUAUCAUGCUGGCGAUUGAUAAGGAAGAAACUCUCUGUUGGGACUAUGACGUGUAUACAAUGGCGAGAUGGCUACCGAUGACGACACGGGCGCGAUUAGGAUUUUGUGUUUUACUGGGCAGCGCUUGUGCUUGGCAGUGGUAGAGAUAUCUUGGGGGGAAAAAGAAAAGCGCCAAGUAUGGUUACUGUGUGCUACGAGCGAGUUAGAGCUAUGAAUUAUAUCCAGUACAGAAGUUGUGUCUUGUGCUCCA